AUGGCUCGGUUCCAUCUGCCUCAAGACCCCAAAGCACUGAAUCCUACCCAGCUCAUCCCCCCGGGUUGGGCUUCUGCUGCAGUCACUCAGGUCUCUGCAAAAGAUGAGUGGGAAGAAAAGUCCUGGAGCUGUGAGCCUAUUCCCCUCUCAUCAGUUGAAGAAGAUCUGCAAAAGCAAGAGGAGCGCGGAGAGCUGCUGCAGCCACUGACCUUCAUCCUACUGGUUUUGUGCUCUGUCCUGCUCUACUUUAAGGUGUCUCUGAUGGAUCCGGGUUUUGUCAAGGCUGACGAGGAAGUGAAGGUAGGCAAGAGUGAAGAACAAAGCAUGGUGACAGCCCAAGUUCCAAGUAAUGUUAAGACGCGGCGUUGUGGUUACUGUAUGGUGAAGCAACCAAUGCGAGCCAAGCACUGCCAGCUGUGCCAACACUGCGUACGGCGUUACGACCAUCACUGUCCCUGGAUUGAGAACUGCGUAGGAGAGAACAACCAUCCCCUCUUCAUACUCUACUUGAGCGUCCAGCUUGUAGUUCUGCUAUGGGGAGGUCACGUUGCUUGGUCAGGCCUCUACAUCGAACAGUCCUGGGACUGGCUACAGCAUAACAUUCUCCUCCUCAUGUCCUUCUUCCUGAUCGUUGUAUUCACCAUUGUUGUCCUGCUGCUGCUUAUUUCACACCUCUAUCUGAUCUCAUGCAACACCACCACCUGGGAAUUCAUGUCACAUCAUCGCAUCUCCUACCUGCGACACUCUGAGUUGGAGAAUCCCUUUGACCAAGGGGUAAUCCUCAAUCUCUGGACAUUCUUCUGUUCAUGCCGCCUCACUGCAUGGGAGAAAAUCUAUUUUCACAGGAACAGUGAGCCUGUCUAGUCACAGUCAUACCUACCUGGGAGAGUGCCAACGCAGCUGCAGGUUUCUGAGUAAAGCUUUGCUAAUGCAAUUGCUGCUGUUCCCUUGCACGGAACUUUAGUACAUCAUGAACUCUGCAAUGUGUUCCACAACCUGUUCAUCCUGCAAAUUACAUUUAAAGGAUAGUCAGGGUUAUUUUUUACAUAUGAAUAACACUGUUAAAGGGGAGACACUGGCUCAGGGAAGGCCAGCAGGGCUGAUUUCUGGACUGAGCAAAGGUUCCUCUCAAAAUUUACUUCCUUUUGCUAAAUGCAUCCAAGUCUUUCCAGAAGGGAUGCAAGAGUAUUGUGAGCAUCCAUGUUUCCUUCUCUUCCCUGAAGUUUCCCCGCUCCUUUUGCUGCUAGGGAACAGCAGCUAUUAUAGACAAAACCCACCAGAAUCAAUGUAAUUCCUGUGGCCUUUCUUCAACAUAGUUCUUACUGUGAGAACCGCAGUGCCUUUUGUCAGUACUGUUGGGCACAUAAUAGAAAUAUUUGAGUAAACAUUUGGACAGGUAAAAGCAAAUUUCAUUUUGACCACACGCCUAAACUUUAUGCUUUUCACAAAGAUUUGAGGCUUAAUAGUGUUAAUGUGCAUGAGAAACAGCAGUAAGGCACCAAAUUCAGCUUAUGAGAUAAUUAGCCUGUACUUCGUGAUGCCCUGACCAGCUUCCUAACAGUUUUUUCUUUAAGUUGAUGGUGGUAUUAAAAAUUUACAGACUGUUUUGAAUGAAGUCAGCAAAGAAUGACACUAUCUACUUUGAACAGAAAAGUAAUACUUGCCUACCAAAUUAUUUCUGCAGAUAAUUUCAAGGUCAGACCUUUCCUAUAGCUUGUGGGGAGAACCAGAAGCAGAGGUGGGUACUUCUUGCCUAGCUCAAGUAACACUGUUGGUAAUACUACUACCUCAACGUACUAGUAAAAUUUUAGUAAAAGAAUACAGAGUUUCAGUGUAAGAGAAAAGACUCUAGGUCCUGUUUGUUCCAUUGAGAUGAGGGCGUGCUGAAACUUUCUAGGAUAGCAGCAAGCUUACUUGUUUUCCACUGAGGAACGAAAAGGAAGUUUGGGGAUGACCAAUUUUGGCUUUAAAAACAGAAAAGCCUGUGGUGUGAAUUUUAGUCCUCAUCCUUUUCUGUUUAAAAAAAAAAAAAAAAAAACACCAGACCAAAAAAACCAGCACCACAGCAAAACCUUAGUUAAAAAUUAUUUUGUGCCUUAAUUGCCUUGGCUCAGGAAUUAACACCAGCUCAACAGCAUAUCUUGCAAGCUGGUAGGAUGCACUCAGGGUUUAAAGUUGAUGAGUGCUCAUGAAAGGACAGUGUACUUACUAAUACAGCACAAUAGCCCAAAGGCAAUUUAAAAACAGCAGAAGGAUCCCUUUUUUGACCAAUUCCAGAGUUUGUAAUCUGUGUCCAGUCUGGUUUGUUCAGGGUAGAAACUCCCAUCACAGAGAUAUCAGACUGCCAAGAAUUGUUUUCAUAGCAAUGGUGUACAGUCCAGGAAGGAUUCUGCAGUUCAGGAUCAUCAGCAGGUAUUACAACUCAAAAUACACAGUUUUGCUCUGUUUGGUAAUUCUUUUUGGAAUGCACCAGCCUGGUAAUUUA